AUGUCUGAAGAGCCACCACAACCAGAAACUGAAGCAACAUGCGUUUGUACCCAAGACAAGGUGUUGGAAUUUUUGAACAAAAUGUCUGCCGAAUCUGGAAUUGCUGAUUUGACUGAUCCUGGAUUGGCUGAGUUUUUGAGUGAGAGCGAUGCCCUGAAAGUUAUUCGUGACAAAUUCCACUAUCCAAAGGCUGGAAGUUUCCCAGAUGGUUUGUGUUUUUCAAAUGUAUUCAAUAAAAAACAAAGUAUAAUUUCUAGUUGAUGCAUCGCUCGUUGAUCCAGAAUCCGACGGAAUUUAUUUGUGUGGAAAUUCUCUUGGAUUGAUGCCAAAAGCUACAGAAAGAAUCAUGACAGAGCAAUUGGAUAAAUGGUCAAAAUUGUUAGUUACUUUUGACUUUAAAAAAUUGAAAAUCAGCAGCAUUCAAAUUUCAGAGGUGUAUUCGGACAUUUGAGUGGUGAUAUUCCGUGGGCACAUGCUGAUGAACUUGCUGUAACUGAAGUUGGUCAUUUGGUUGGAGCGAAACCGGAAGAAAUCGCAGUUUGCAACGGAUUGACCAUCAAUAUUCAUGUUUUACUGGUUAGUUUUUUGAGCUUUGAAAUGGAUUUUAAAUUUUCGGAUCACAACAUCAUUUCUAGAGCGCAUUCUAUAAACCAACUGAAACUCGCCAUAAGAUCCUUCUCGAAUCAAAAGCUUUUCCUUCUGAUCAUUAUGCAAUUGAAUCACAAAUUCGCUUGAAAGGAAGAAACGUUGAAGAAAGUAUGGUUUGUUUAGAACCAAGAGAAAGCGAAGAAACGUUGAGAACUGAAGAUAUCAUUGAUUAUAUUGAGAAACAUGGAGAUGAAAUUGCUGUCGUUUUCUUUUCCGGUAUUCAAUAUUAUACUGGACAAUUGUUUGAUAUCAAAAAUAUCACUGAAGCUGGACAUCGUAAGGUAUUUUUAUUUAUAUGAAAUUUGUUGAUGUUCAAUUUUGAAAGUUAAUUAAAAUUAUAUUUCCAGGGCUGCUUAGUUGGCUGGGAUCUUGCUCACGCUUACUGUAAUGUUCCACUUCAUCUUCAUUGGUGGGAUGUUGAUUUUGCUUGUUGGUGUUCUUAUAAAUAUGGGUGCACUGGAGCUGGUGGAAUCGCUGGAUUAUUUGUUCACGAACGUUUCAAAAAUGAUAAAAGAGAUCGGAUGUUGGGAUGGUGGAGCCAUAAAAUGUCUUCAAGAUUCGUUAUGAACAAUGGUAAACAUUUUUAUAUGACAUUGAUCAAGAACAAGUAAAAAGUUGUGCGUUAUUUUUUUCACAUAUUCUUUUUAGAAUUGGAUCUUGACGAAGGUGCAGCUGGAUAUCGAAUCAGCAACCCACCAAUCCAUCUGAUUGUUCCACUUCUGGGAAGUUUGGAAGUCUAUAGAUCAGUGAGACUUGAUGAUUUGAGAAGUCGCUCCUGUUACUUGACAGGAUAUUUAGAAUAUCUUGUUAACACCUUCUUCGGAGUUGGCUCAGAUAAACUCGCGACAAAAAUCACAAUCAGUAUUAUCACACCAUCAGAUUUCCAUCAACGUGGUUGUCAACUUUCUCUCAAAUUUUCUGUUCCAAUUGAUUUGAUCUACAAGGAACUUGUAAAACGCGGAGUUGCUGUAAGUUUUUUCUCUCCAAAUAGAGUUUUCAUUCUCAAAUGAUUCAAUUUCAGGUCGACAAGCGUUACCCGAAUGUUAUCCGUGUUGCUCCAGUUCAUCUUUACAACAACUAUGUCGAUAUUAGAAGAUUUAUUCAAGCACUCAUUGACUCAUGUUUAGCCGUUGAAAACAAUGUCUAG